AUGGACGCAGCGGACGCCACUGUGGAGAAGCUCCGGGCGCAGUGCCUGGCCCGCGGGGCCUCGGGCAUCCAGGGCCUCGCCAGGUUCUUCCGCCGCCUGGACCGAGAUGGAAGUCGGUCGUUGGACGCGGCGGAGCUCCGGCGCGGCCUGGCCGAGCUCGGGCUAACUCUAGGCCAGGGCGAGGCGCAGGCCGUGUGCCGGCGCUGGGACCGUGACGGCAGCGGGACGUUGGACCUGGAAGAGUUCCUGCGGGCCCUGCGGCCCCCCAUGUCCCAGGCCAGGGAGGCGGUCAUUGCAGCCGCUUUCGCGAAGCUGGAUCGCAGCGGGGACGGCGUGGUGACCGUGGAGGACCUGCGCGGCGUUUACAGCGGCCGCGCGCACCCCAAGGUCCGGAGCGGGCAGUGGACGGAGGAGGAGGUGCUCCGCCGCUUCCUGGACAACUUCGACUCCUCCGAGAAGGACGGGCAGGUCACGCUGGCAGAGUUCCAGGACUACUACAGCGGUGUCAGCGCCUCUGUGGACACAGACGAGGAAUUCGUAGCCAUGGUUACCAGCGCCUGGCGGCUGUGA